AUGAUGAUCACAAAUCUUGUCAGUAUUUUGCUAUUCACCUUGAGUAUUGCCUCCAAUUUUGCCACUAAAACAGCUCCAUGCAAUAAGAUUCUAUCAGUUAAUUUAGAGAAUGGCACAAGUUUAGCGAACGGUUCUAUUCUUUUUGAUGGACUGACUAUCCCACCAUAUGCCCAGUACAGCUUGGACGGACAGCUUUUUGGCUGCCCUUGCAUGGUUAAACAUUGUAUAAGGAGAUGUUGUAAGCCAGGACUAUUUGAGGACCGAGGAUGUCAUGAACCGUGGGGCCAGAGCUAUGGUAUUAAAGUGCCACCGAUUCCAGAGGAAUUCUUGCACCCCUCUAUAAAAAACUUUGACGACCAUUUUUACGUUAUUUAUGAAAGGGAAUGUAUCGCUGACAACGCUUUCAUUCUGUGGAUAACUGGACCUAAAAAGAGUUAUAACGAGCACUUUAAUGUUUCUUUAACUGGCUCGCUAUCUCACUACAAUGAGAGGAAUAAUCAGACCUCAUUUUUUCUGUACAGUCAGGAGCAGUAUUGUCUUGCAUGGUCAGAGGCUUACAAUAUCACAAAAAUUCGAGCCUGCACCAACCUUGAAGAGUACCAGUCCAUUGUAAUUGACAACAUGCUACGCUGGUCUAUGGGCAUAUCCAACUGGUUUUCUGCCUUCUUCUGUUUGCUUACAUUUCUCAUAUACUCCCUCUUCGAGGAUUUGAGAAAUUUACAUGGCAAGACUCUUAUGUGCUAUGUUAUGUGCCUGGCUAUUGCUGAUGUGCUAGUACCAUUUAUUCGCAACAACGAGCUGCAGAAUGCUCUUUUCGAUGAUACAAGCUGUCAAGUAAUGGGUAUGAUUUAA